AUGACCAACGGCGAACCUGUGCAACAUAGGUACAAAACGCCUGAGAUGGAGAUACAGGCAAUACAUCAAAAUUUGCACUGGGAACCGAAUUCCGUAGAUCAGCCUAACAACUACAUAUCUGAUGAUGAUGAUUUUGAAAGUGGCAAUAGUACGGCAAAGCUAUAUGAGCGUUCUCGCAUCAAGGCACUCGCGGAUGAGCGUGAAAUUGUUCAAAAGAAAACCUUUACAAAGUGGGUCAAUUCACACUUGGCAGUUGUAAACCAGAGAAUAGAGGAUCUCUAUCUCGAUCUUCGCGACGGCAAACACUUACUUAAGUUGCUUGAAAUCCUUUCUGGAGAGCGGCUUCCCAAGCCUACCCGCGGCAAAAUGCGAAUUCACUGCUUGGAGAAUGUUGAUAAAUCCCUUAACUUCCUCUGUGACCAGCAUGUUCACUUGGAAAAUGUUGGCGCACAUGACAUUGUUGAUGGCAAUCAGCGCUUAACUCUCGGUCUGAUCUGGACUAUAAUUCUACGUUUCCAGAUUCAAGAUAUUAUUGUUGAAGAAUAUCAGACAAGCGAGACCAAGUGCGCAAAGGACGCUCUUUUGCUGUGGUGCCAAAUGAAAACAGCGGGCUACAAUAAUGUUAACGUGCGAAACUUUUCAACCUCCUGGCGUGAUGGUCUUGCAUUCAAUGCGCUCAUUCAUAAGCAUCGUCCUGAUCUCAUUGAAUAUCAGAAAUUAAUCAAGGCCAAUCCUAUUCAGAAUUUGCAGAAUGCUUUCACCGUUGCUCACGAUAAGCUUGGUGUUCCCCCCCUCUUGGAGGCUAGCGAUGUGUGUGUAGAACAGCCUGACGAAAAGUCAAUCAUCACGUACGUGGCCGCUUUCUACCACUGCUUCAACAAAAUGAAGGCCGAUACUGUACACUCCAAGCGUAUUGGGAAGGUUGUGAACCAAGCACUUGAAUCAUCUCAGUUGCUUGACAAGUACGAACAGUCGACCUCUGACCUUCUUAAUUGGAUUCAGAAAACAAUUGAACUAUUAAAUGAUCGCGUUUUCGCCAACUCACUGACUGAUGUGCAGCACCAGUUGGCGGGAUUCAACACUUACCGCACUGUUGACAAACCACCCAAGUUUGUUGAGAAGGGUGAUCUUGAAGUUCUUCUUUUUACUCUGCAGAGUAAAAUGAGGGCUAACAAUCAUAAAGUUUAUACCCCACCCGAAGGAAAACGAAUUGCCGACAUUAACCGUGCAUGGGAGAAUCUGGAAAAAGCAGAGCAUGCUCGUGAAUUAGCAUUGCGUGACGAAUUGAUCCGACAGGAGAAACUUGCCCAACUUGCUACCCGGUUUGAUCGGAAGGCGGGUAUGCGCGAGGCCUGGCUUUCAGAAAACCAGCGUCUUGUUGCGCAAUAUAAUUUCGGAUCUGAUCUUGCAACUGUUGAGGCGGCCACUAAGAAACACGAAGCCAUAGAAACGGAUAUUUCAGCUUACGCUGAACGCGUAAAUGCUGUGGUUAGUGUGGCAGAGGAACUGCAACUGGAGAACUAUUAUGACAACGACCGCAUCCAGAUGCGACGUGAGAAUGUUCUCCACCUAUGGACUAAUCUUCUUCAAUUGCUUCGUAAGCGUCGCAGCUGCUUGAACCUAAGCCUACGAUUGCAACGCGUAUUCCAAGAAAUGUCAUAUCUGCAAGAUUGGAUUGACGAAAUCGGAAGUCGGCUCAAGUCCGAAGAUUACGGAAAGCACCUUAUGGGCGUUGAUGAUUUGUUACAGAAGCACAAGCUCCUAGAGGCCGACAUUCACGUUCUUGAUGACCGCCUAAAUCAAGUUUUGGAUCAGGCCAAAGUUUUCAUUGACUGUAACUUUCCUGAAAUCGUGGAGGGCUAUCGUCCCGCUGAGCCGGAGGUUGUUCAAAAGCGAGGCGAAGAUUUGCGUGCGGCUUAUGACGAACUGUGCAGAUUGGCUAAUGCCAGGCGUCACGGUCUGGAGGACUCUCGUAAGAUGUGGCAGUUCUUCUGGGACAUGGACGACGAGAAGGAGUGGAUCAAGGAAAAGAGUCAGCUUAUGUCCAGCCCCGAUUUAGGGCAUGAUCUCAGCUCAGUCGAGCGUCUCCUUCGUAAACAUCGGGCCCUCGAGGAAGAAUGUGGAAUUCGCCAAAAUGUCUUCUAUAAUGCCAUUAAUGUUGGUAAUCAACUCAUCGAAGAAGAUAACCGUGGAAAAGAGGAUAUUCAACAGCGGAUCGAUGAGAUGCAUAAGCUCUGGGACCAGUUAGCUGAUUCGACUGUCGACCGCAAAAAACGUCUGCUAGAGUCUCAGAAGUUCUUCCAAUUAAUAGCUGACUGCGAUGAUGCUAAUGCUUGGCUCCUUGAUCAGCAACGCAUUGCUAGUAACGAGGAUGUCGGUUUAAAAAUGUCCACCACAGAGUCGUUAAUAAAGAUAAACCAAGAACUUAUGGAUAACCUCGAAAAGUAUCGUGAAACCAUUAAAAACCUACACGAUACCUCUGCAGAGGUUUCUGAGUAUCCAGAUUGUGACUCCGCCAUUACCAGCUCUCACCUCAAUGCUGUGGACGAAAACUACGCCAUAGCUAUUGAGAUGGCCAAACAAAGGCAACAACGCCUUCUGGAUGCACUGUCUAUGUACAAGUUGUUCGAUGUUUCCGAUACCGUUCGUACUUGGAUCACGGAGAAGAGAAAACUUCUUACGACUCUUUGCCCCUCGGAUGAGAUUGAAGAGCUUGGUGUUAUCCGCCAUAGAUUUGAGUGCUUUGAGAAGGAGAUGACGAAAAAUGCGGAAAAAGUUGGUUCCGUCAAUAAACUCUCUGAGAACCUUAUUGGAACCGACCAUCCUGAUGCACAACAAAUCAUCAUUCGUCAGGAUACGCUCAACACUACGUGGAAUGAUUUGGCCGAUCUUGUUGAGAAGCAGAAGGGUCAGCUAGAGACAGCCUAUCAGUACAAUCAGUUCCUGAUUGAGUGUCAGGAGACAGCGAACUGGAUAAAGGAGAAAGAACACUUGAUUGAGUCCACAGAUGAAUUAGGUAAUGAUUUGGAAGGCAUCAUGCAGCUUCAGCGUCGUCUAAGUGGUCUUCAGCGUGACCUCCAGGCUAUACAAGCUAAAAUAGAUCAUCUGGAUGAGCAAGCCGAUGUGUUGGAUGCAGCCAAACCAGAAGCGUCGGAAGUCAUUCGAGCUGAAAGGAAGAAGAUUCAUGACUUGUGGAACGAACUGAAGGAAAUGUUGAAGGAACGUGAUGACCGUCUGAAUGACUCCAGUGAGCUCCAACGCUUUUUGCAGGAUCUUGACCAUUUCCAAGUAUGGCUUCGUAAGGCCCAAGUUACUGUUGCAUCUGAGGAUGUGCCUAACACCCUUCCAGAGGCGGAAAAACUUCUGCAAGAUCACGAGCAGUUCAAACCGGAAAUUGAUGGUUAUGAAGACGACUUCAUGCGACUUAUGGCGAUAGGACGAAAAGUUGUAGAAAAUCAAACAGAUCCUCAGUAUCUCUUCCUUUCCGAACGUUUGGACGGUAUCGAAGAUAACUGGAUUGCCCUGCACAAGAUGUACGAGGAUCGUGAUAAAGUUCUCAAACGGGAUGUGGAAGCGCAGUCAUUCUUCAGAGACGCCACUCUUAUGGAUAAACUCAUCAAUAAGCAGGAGGCUCUCAUUACCAAGGAUGUUGCGCCUACUCCGGAGUCUGUAGAAGAGGCCUUACGUAACCUCAACACUUUCCAGGCCGCAAUGCCCGCCAACGAUGAAAAGAUUUCUCAAGUCAUUGCCGUUGGUCGCGACCUAGCUAAUCGUGGCGUGUUCCCUGUCGAGAAGAUUGUGGCCAAGUGCGAUCAACUGGAACAGAAGCGUCAAGCCGUCAAAGAGAAGGCUAUUGAACGUGAAGCCAAGCUGGCUCAACAGUCUAGGUUGCAAGGAUUUGUUCAAGACGUUGAUGAUGUUGAGGAAUGGAUAUCAGAAAAGGCGAUUCUGGCUCAGCAAGCUCCUCCACCCUGUAGUGGUGUUGGUAUUGCUGCCAUCUAUGGAAAAUUCAAGACUUUUGAGAGUGAGUUGGACGCCAACAAGGACAAGAUUGAGAAGGUCAUUGCCGACGGUGAGCAGCUGAUGGCUGAGCAACCACAACUGCAAGCGGAGAUCGAGCCACGCAUGGAAGUCCUGCGUCGCCAGUGGGUCGACCUCAACAAUCAAGCUCAGGAGCAGAGCGCUAAGUUGGCCGAUUCCAAUCGCGAGGCUCUGUUCGACGAAACAGCCAAGUCAAUGCUUACUUGGAUUACCGAAGUUUCAUCGCAGAUUGUUACCACCACGGAGGAGGUGACCGAAGAAGUUGGGCUGGUCGAACUAAAUGAACAAAUCAAAGAUCAGGAGAAGAAGGAGCAAGAGCUUAUGGCCAAGCGCAAGAUGCUCGAAGAUAUGGCUAAUCAUGCCGAAAAGUUGAAGGAGCAAUAUCCCGACAGGAAGGAUGAGUUUGAGCAGGUUCACCAGGAGGUGCGGAUCCGACUCAUGCAGCUUGAGGCCCCGAUGGCUAAGAGGCGCGAUCGCCUUCUCAAACAGAAGCGGGUACGCCAGUUCUUCCGCGAUUUGGAGGACGAGAAGGAUUGGAUCCGCGAUAAACUUGCUCUUAUCGAGGAUCACGGUCGAAUGGCGUCAAGCCUCCUUAUUAACCAGCAGUUGCAACGACGUCACAAGAUGCUAACCAAUGAAGUCGACAAUCAUGAGCCGCGCGUUGAUGCUGUUUGUCAGCAAGGGGAGAAAAUGAUUGCCGAAGGCCACCCGCAUAGUGAAAAGUUCCGUGAGGGCAUCGACGAGGUACGUGCUUUGUGGGCAACACUGCGUCAGGCCUUGGCCGAUCGCCAGGCUGCUUUGGCGCAGAAUGAGAUUGCCCAGCAAUACCUCUUCGAUGCCAGUGAGGCGGAGGCCUGGAUGGGUGAACAGGAGCUCUACCUUAUGGGUGACGAGAAGGCCAAAGACGAGCAAGGCGCUACUAAUGCCAUGAAGAAGCAUGAGCUGCUGCAAAAAACCAUUGAGAACUACGCCAGCGAAAUCCGCUCUCUGGGCGACCGCAGUCGUGCCAUGGUUGAGUCUGACCAUCCUGAAAGUGAAGUGGUUGCCGCCAAACAAUCAAGAGUAGACAAGAUGUACGCCGGAUUGCAUGACCUUUGUUUGGAACGCCGGCUAAGACUAGAGGAGAUUUUGAAGCUUUACAGCCUUCUCCGUGAGAUCCUUGAUUUAGAGGCAGUCAUCGCUAGUAGCCACGAGAUGGGUGCCGACUACGAGCAUUGUUGUCUGCUAAGAGAGCGUUUUGCGGAUUUCUCGAAGGAAACAAACGAAUUAGGCAAGCACCGAGUUGCUGCCGCCAACGAGCUCUGUGAUGCUCUCAUUGCUCAAGGUCAUGGAGAAGCGGCUGAAAUUGCCAGCUGGAAAGAUCGUGUCAAUGAGGCCUGGGCCGACCUUCUCGAACUAAUAGAGACCAGCAUUCAAUUACUCAAGGCUGCUUGGGAUCUGCACAAAUUCCUCUGUGAUUGUCAGGAUGUUCUUGACAGGAUUGCGGAGAAAGCAGGUGCCAUUCCGGAGGACGUCGGUCGUGACGCCAAGGCGGUCGCAGUGCUGCAGCGCAAGCACGCAGCUUUCGAGGCGGAGCUCUCCCGCCUCGGCCAACAGGUAGAGGAGGUUAUUGACUUUGCCAACAACCUGCUGCCCAGCUACGCUAGCGAGAAAGAGAGCAUCAUAUGUGAUCGCCGUGAUGAAGUCGUCCAGGCCUGGAGGCAACUCCAAUAUGCCGCUGAGCAGAGAAAGAUUCACCUGCUCGAUGCCGGCGAUGUUCACAGAUUCUUAGCAAUGGUUCGUGAGCUCCAACUCUGGAUGGAUACCAUGCGCACCGAGAUGACCAUCAAAGAAAAACCAAGGGAUGUAUCGGGUGUUGAGUUGUUGAUGAACAAUCACAAGAGUCUAAAGGCCGAGAUUGAUGCUCGUGAGGAGAACUUCAGCAUCUGCUUGAGCCUGGGACGAACUCUCCUCAAUCGACGCCACCCAAGGGAGGAAGAAAUUCGAGACAAAUGCAUUCAGCUGGUUACUGAGCGUGUCCUCCUGUUGGAGCAAUGGAACGAUAGGAACGAGAAUCUCCAACUGAUGUUGGAGGUCUAUCAUUUCGCUCGCGAUGCUGCGAUUGCGGAAGCCUGGCUUGUCGCUCAGGAGUCAUUUGUCAAGAGUCCCGAUCUUGGUGACUCCCUGGAUGAGACCCUUGCCUUACUCAAAAAACACCUAGCCUUUGAAAAGGCCGUGGCUACUCAGGAAGAACGGUUUAUCGCCCUCCAGAAGGAGACUAUGCUUGAAUUGAAAGCUAAGGAGCGAACACCUGAAAGUGAGGCCGCACGCAAGAAAGCGAUUGAUCAAAAGAUAGCCGACGCUAGUCGAGAAUUCCAGCCUCUCCCUUCUACCUCUCAGACGGCUGCUGCUCUCGGUUCUUUCCAUGGCACUCCGCUCCGUCGUGGUGUUGAAACACCGACGGGUCGCUCUCUUCGUGAGUCCGUUGAUUCUGGUCGUCCUGCUCCUCACAAUCUCGAAGCUGUUCUCCACCGAAAGCAUGAAUGGGAGACCGCUGCCAAACGAGCAUCCGGACGCUCUUGGCACGAGCUUUAUUUUGUGCUCAACGCCACUUUGGGCACCCUCUCCGCCUACAAAGACGCCCGGUCUGCUCAUGAUAAGCCGGGACACCUCUAUCACAAAGAGGGUCCAGUUAGUCUUGCUGGUGCCGUGGCUGCUCCUGCAACCAACUACGAAAAGCGUCCGUGUGUAUUUCGUCUAAAGUUGUUCAAUGGCGGCGAGUCUUUGUUCCAAUGCCCCUCGGAGGAUGAUAUGCACAAUUGGGUUGAAGCCAUCAACUCAAUCGCGGCUUCGCUUCCAGCUCCCGUCACCGUGAUGCCUCCCACAGAGGAGGAGGAUGUAGAGGGUGGAUUGGUAGCUCCUGCGGGACGCUCAGCAACUCUCCCCUCCACAGUACUCCACCUUUCUGAACCCAGUACUAGUGAUGCGCAGGCUUCUGGACCCUCGAAGCCCAAGAAGAAGUUCCUCACACUCAUGCGGAAAAAUUGCAGUUUUUUUUUCACGGUCUGCAAUUCAAAUCGGAGGGCUCAGACACCGGCGGGUCGGAGCCUUCUCUCGUGGAUUCACUGCAUUGGUGGCCUUUCAACGGUCUCGGCUAAACGACUGCAGUGCGCGUGCUCGCGUGCGCAUCCGCCUGCGGCUGAUAUGCGCGAAUGCACCAACAGCGCAGGAGGACACGCCGCGCGCAGUAACACACAGGCUGCGCGAGUAGACCUGCGUCAUUUCAAGGGGUCUUCUCAUCUCGGCAAAUCACCUGCCUCCGCGAUACUCGUAGGCCAGAUGAUAGAUCCGAGUCCUGGAGUUCCAGAGACUACUUUGUGUGUAUUUGGACCAAACAUGUCAUGUGGUGGCUAUUUCCCCACCGAGGAGGUCUAUGAGGCUGGCCUUCUAAGUGGGUUUUGUCGAUUCAUUAACAAGAAGCUUAGCGCCGACCUGGAUUGCAGGGCAUAUAUGCCCCUGGAUCCAUUUAGCGACAAGCUUUAUGAAGCUGUUGCGGAGGGUGUUAUUCCUUGUAAAAUAAUCAACUGUCUUUUCUCCAAUGCCAUUGACGAACGAGCCAUCAAUAUGAGUAACAACCUUUUCUACGCCAGUCACAGGGUUGAAAAUCUUCAACUAGCUCUCACAGCAGCACGCUGCAAUGGCUGUGCUGUCAAAAAUAUCACAGUGGAUGACUUGAUGGGCACCAGAGCCAACUUCAAAUUGGCUACCCUUGAAUUCCUUAAGCAAGUCAUUCUAAAGGGCUACUACCGAAAUAUAAACAUUCAUGAACACCCUGAAAUAUUUACUCUUCGGGAAGUGCAUGAAGACAUAAAUGACUUGAAAUGUCUGUCACCAGAACAGAUUCUCACCAGAUUUGUGAAUUACCACCUUAGGAGCGCGGGAAUUACUAACGUUCUGACAAACUUUGAAUACGAUCUCUCCGAUUGCGUUGUAUACGCCCAUCUGCUCUACAAGAUCGCCCCAGUAACCAUCAGACCCAGACUUCUUCCUGAUCAUCAAGUGCUGGUCUAUAGCAAUAUUGAUAAUCGCGCCAAAGCCAUUCUCCAAAAUUUACGGGAGCUUGGAGCAGAAAUGUUUCUCUGUGAAGAUGAUUUCCUACAUCCUGAACACCAACGAAAAUCUCGCGGUGUGCUCCACCUCAUGACGGUGGCCUUCCUAUUCGACAGAUUUGCAGGUGAAAUGAAGGCAUAUGGUGGUGGGGACUUCCCUAUCUCUAAGGAAGAUGUCAACGAACUGUCCUCACGUAACUUUAUCAAUUCUAUCAAUGUCAAGCCCUAUUGCACUCACGUGAUAAGUAGUUUGCGAGACGGGUUGAUUGCAAAACAGGUGUUCGAAGUACUGCGGCCGGGCUUCACAACAGGAGUGAAGUUUACACAUGAAUUUGAUUUGAUUCGUCGAGAUGCCCAAUUUCUGCAGAAUAAUACAUGCAUUCUCCGACUAGUGCAGGGAUAUUCCUUCCGUCUACCUAGUCUAGAUGCUUCACGACUUACCACGAGUGAUCAGGAGAUGUGUGAAGUUCUCCUCAUGGAGAUGCUUCGAAGUUACCUCACUCACGAUGCCUACGACGAGCACGAGUUGCUCCGAUGGGUCAACGAUCAAUUGGCGCGUGCAGGAAAACCUGUUGAACUGCGCAGUUUUCAGGACCGAUUGAUAGCAGACGAAUGCCUCUUUGCAGUUGUCUUAAACAAUCUCACUAACGGAUUGGCUUCUAAGGACUACCUCCGAGGGAAACGCUAUGAAAACGCUAAGUACUACAUCUCUGUUGCGCAUAAGGCGGGCUUCCGUGUGUUCGCGAGACCGGAACACUUUGAUAUCUGCUCGCCGCGCUGGGUUGCCAUUGCCUUUGCUGCCCUGCGUUGGGGUUAA